AUGCUUGAGGCUGAGCAACGAGAGGAGCAGGAGGUCGUUCGGGACCGGCUAGCAACUUGGCCCCUCUCCAAGCUCUCAGAAGAGGGAUACUGCUUGCAGGGGAUGUCUGCCUACUGGCUGGAAGCAGACUUGUUUGGACGACCCGUAGCCAACUUCUCAAUGGGACCAGGCAUGACUUUACCCGAGCACAAGUUUGAGUCUGGGGUCCAAGUCUUGAUCUCACGCGUCGACCCUCUGAAGGAAACGCCGCAUACUGCAUCAGUUGUAGGAUUUACGAAGUCGCACCUUAAGCUGUCCUUCCUGCAGCGCUUUGAGUUAGAGGACGGUCAAUGGCGGUUAGACCUUGGAAGGUCCAACCUCAUCUACGAACGCACCAAAGCAGCCAUUUCUCAACUCCGCCAGGACCCCAAGAAAAUCGAGGAAAUGGACGCCGGCCGAGGGAAGGAAUACAUCUCCCAAGGCACCCACCUCCGCGACGUCCUUCUCCAGUCCUUUAAACCCGCCCGCCCCGAGGACGAUCCCGACCCCGCGACCGUGUCGGCGAACACUCGCGAGCUGCAUGCAUCAGGCCCGGAGUACCCUGUCGCUGUGCUCAGCCAUGAGAGCCGGCUGGGGCAUGAUAAUCGGGGGAUCUUCAAGGACGAUAUGCGCAUACAGAGCUGGGCGGACCGGUACUCGAGGCCGAACCCUGUUGUGGCGGAGGGUGAUCCCAUCCUGGAAGGAUUGAACGAUACGCAGCGACGCGCCGUGGCGACGAUGAUAGGGCAGAGGAUCAGUUUGGUGCAGGGGCCUCCCGGCACCGGCAAAACGCGCACCAUCAUCGAAACCGUCAAACUUCUCAAGGUCCACUUCGAAGUCCCCCAGCCGCUCAUGAUCUGCACCUACACCAACGUCGCCGUCGACAACCUCGUCGAAGGUCUCGUCAAAGCCGGCCUCAAGCCCCUCCGCGUCGGCUUCGGCGGCAAGGUCCAAGCCGAACUUGCCGAGCACACCAUGGACUACAAGCUCAAUCAGCACCCUGCGCGACCCGCCAUCGACGCCGCGCAGGAGGAAAGGCAGAGGAUCUAUAAGGAGCUAGAUGAGCUGAGAUGCAGUAUGGCGGAGGAUAAGGCGCGCAUGGAAAGUGGUGCGGCGAAGAACUUGAAGACGCGCAUACAGCGCAAGCAGGCAGCCAUCUUCGCCAAGCAGCGCGUUUUGCAGGCGCUCACAUCGAAGAUCUUCCGCAUGGAGCAACAAGUGUUGCGUGAGAUCCUCGACGCGGCAGAUGUGGUCUGUACGACGUGUAUGAGUGCAGCAUCGGCUGUACUCAAUGUUGCCGACUUCCCCGUCGUCUUCAUCGAUGAAGCGUCCAUGUCGACCGAGCCUGCUAGUCUAGUGCCGUUGAUGAAGGGGAGUCAACAUGUUGCCCUCAUCGGUGAUCACAAGCAGCUGCCGCCCGUUAUCACCAGCCCGGAAGCGCAAGCACUUGGUCUCGGUUAUCGCAUGCACCCCAAGAUCUCCCGUUUCCCCUCCUCCGAGUUCUAUGGCUUCGGCCUGCGCGACGGUACCGUCGACGCCGCAGGCGUCGUCUCUUCCCGUCUCCGCCCACCUCGCACCUCCGCCCACCUCCGCAUCCGCACCGGCAUCGACUCCGGCGCCCCUGUCCUCGGCCCCCAAAGUGCCACCGGCCUUACCAGCCUCGACACCACUGACGAGCACGAUGCGCCCCCUGUCAUCUUCCUCAACCACACCUCGUACGAGUCCACGCGCAGCCGCUCGCGCGUCAACCACGUCGAGGCGCAGAUCGUCGCGAGCGUCGUCGAGGACCUGCUCCUGCACAACCCGGACCUGCAGGGCGCGGACAUCGGGGUGAUCGCGCCCUACGUGGCGCAGAUCUCGCUGUUGGACCGGUUGUUGAAGAAGAACAAUGAUUGGAAGCAGCGGUUCACGGCGGUGCUGGGGAGUCAUCGGGCGCUUCAGCUUUCGAAUAUCGAGAUCAAGACGGUCGAUGGGUUUGAAGGGCGCGAGAAGGAUGUGAUCAUCUUUAGCACCGUUAGGAAUAACUCAUCUGGCUACAUUGGCUUCCUCGCCGAUGAACGACGGCUUAACGUUGGGCUGACGCGCGCCAAGAGAGGCCUCUUCGUCGUAGGUGGCAUCGAGACCCUCAAGGCAGGCAAGCGCAAGGAAGAACCAGAACUCCAACCCGUCUCCACCGCGCAAGCCCUCGCCGCCACUUCACCACCGUCCGCCGACGCCGUCAAGCUCGAGGCCUCCCCUGACAAACCCAAGCGCGCGAAGAAAGCCCCACGCACGAACCGGGGUGUCGAAGCCUGGCGCAGAUACGCUAAAUGGCUCAUGGACGAAGGGCUCAUCAUCACCCUGACGGGCGAUGCUCUAUCGCAGGCGCUGUACGGCAACGUCCGUCGCGCGAGGAAGACCUUGCAAGCUAUCGCUGCGGAUAACGCGAGGCGAGGCUAG